AUGGCUCAAAGUGUACAGACGACAACGAUUUUGGAACAAAAAGAAGAAAAAACAGUUACAUUGCUGGUACCUCAAGCUGGAAAGAGAAAGUUUGAAUUCGUUUAUCAAAAUCUCAUCACUUUUGCUUAUUGGCAUAUAGCUGGACUAUACGGCCUUUAUUUGUGCUUCACCUCGGCGAAAUGGGCGACAAUUUUAUUCUCGUUCAUCCUGUUUGUUAUAGCAGAAAUAGGAAUCACGGCAGGCGCCCACAGGCUUUGGUCGCAUAAAAGUUACAAAGUGAAACUGCCUUUAGAAAUUCUUCUAAUGGUGAUGAAUUCUAUUGCUUUCCAAAACACGGUCAUUGAUUGGGUGAGAGACCAUAGACUGCACCACAAGUAUAGCGACACUGAUGCCGACCCCCAUAACGCCUCACGUGGGUUCUUCUAUUCACACAUCGGAUGGUUAUUUGUCAGAAAGCACCCCGAAGUCAAGAAACGUGGCAAAGAACUUGACAUGUCUGACAUCUACAACAAUCCUGUACUGAGGUUUCAGAGGAAGUACGCAGUACCAUUCAUUGGUGCAGUUUGUUUUGGGUUACCAACAUUGAUACCGGUUUACUGUUGGGGAGAAAGCUGGACCAAUGCCUGGCACAUCACCAUGCUGCGGUACAUCAUGAACCUCAAUGCCACGUUCCUCGUCAAUAGCGCUGCUCAUAUAUACGGGAAGAGACCCUACGACAAGAAGAUUUUACCAGCUCAAAACAUAGGCGUUUCCAUAGCAACAUUUGGAGAAGGUUUCCAUAACUAUCAUCAUGUUUUUCCAUGGGAUUAUCGUGCAGCGGAACUUGGGAACAAUGGCUUGAAUUUGACUACUAAGUUCAUUGAUUUCUUUGCGUGGAUCGGAUGGGCUUAUGACCUCAAAACCGUUUCGAAAGAGAUGAUAAAACAAAGGUCUAAGAGAACUGGUGAUGGAACCAAUCUAUGGGGGCUCGAAGAUAAAGAUACACCAGAGAACUUGAAAAACAUAAAAGGCGAAUAA